CUCCCUCCCGCCCGCUGCCUACGGGCCAACGGCGCAUGCGCGGGGAGCCGCAGCGGAAGUGCGCUGAAGGUUUCCGCUUCCGGCGCGCGUUCUACUUCCGGGCCGUGGAGGGGGCGGUGCUGGGAGCGGUGCAGCGGGACUCCGCCGUCUCUCAGCGAGAACCCCCGCAGCGCAGCCCUGAGCGGCGUACGAUGAGGCCGGUGCGCGCCCGCGGGAUCCGCAGCACCCAGCCCUGAACCCGUCCCGCUGGCGAGCUGCCGGCGCCCGAUAUGGCAGCGGAGUCCACGAUCCCCAUUUGGCAGAACAAGCCCCAUGGCUCGGCACGCAGCGUUGUCAGGAGGAUUGGAUCCAACCUCCCUUUAAAACCCUGUCCCAGAGCGACCUUUGAGGUUCUACCUAAUGUUUCAGAGCUCUAUUUAAAUGAUGCCCCUCCUGUCCCCACCUUGGCAGACAUUGGGUGGAUAGCAGCAGACGAUGAAGAAACGUACGCCAGAGUCAGAAGCGACACUCGCCCACUGAAACACAAAUGGAAACCAAGUCCCUUCACGGUCAUACAGCGAAAUGCUUCAGUCCCCAACCUGAGGAAGCAGGAGGAGAAGCUGCUCGCCUUGAAGAAGCCUGGUUUACCAGCACUGAGCCGAACAACGGAGCUCCAGGAUGAGCUGAGUCACCUUCGGAGUCAGAUAGCUAAAAUUGUAGCUGCAGAGUCAGCUUCUGCUUCGUUCACCCCAGAUGUGUUAUCUCCAGGAAGUUCAAAUGCAUCUUCUCCUUUGCAUUGUUUUGGACCCUCUUUCCAAUCCACCACGUCCUUCGUCAUUAGCGACAUCACAGAGGAGGAGGCAGAACUGGAGAGCCCCGAGCUUCCGUCGGUCUCCAUGCUUUGUUCUACAACAUCUGAGUGCUGUAAAUCGGAACCAAAGGAUCCUGAUGAGGAAGAUUCUGUGUCUCUUUCCAAGGCCAGCAGUUUUGCAGACAUGAUGGGCAUUCUUAAAGACAUUCAUAGGAUGAAGCAGAGCAAAGACUUGUCACUGUAGACACCCGUAUGGGAAUUGCUAGGUCACAGCCUGAACCAGUGAUUGAGCACCAGGUGAGAAGGCAUGGCUAACCCAGGGAGCUCAGGUGCAAGCAGUGCUCCUGAGUGACUGGAAGAGGUAGACCCUGAGUCCUCCUUACCCUCCUUUAAGGGUUAGCAGCCAAGGGAACAACAUCCCUCUUCAGAGAUUGCGCUCUUCUUGAGAUGUCACCAGUCUUUGGAAAGGGUGGGCCACCUUCCCUAUUGCUUUCUAAGCUAAAUCUGAGCUAAUACCUUUAUAAGUGUGCUCCUGUCCUAGUAGAAGGCGUUAUCAUCACCUUCCAUUGCUCCACAACACUGGACGUGGUAUUCACCUGCUGUAUAUUGUCUGAAUCACGAUUCAGAGAGGGGAAAUAUCUCCUUGUAGUUGUCGUGUUCCACCCAUAAGGGCUGGGAUGGGGUGACCAGGUUCAUGAAUCCCCCUGGUUGGAUGAAGGUAAAACAAUACUCAGAGGUCUGCACGCCAUCAGCAGCAGCUCAGUCUGAUGC